UCAUUCUUUAACCUUUUACUCCCCAUCUACACUGAUUUAAAGUGGAAUUAACAAGUGACAAUCAAUCAUAGCUUUCACCUGGAUUCACCUGGUAAGUUAAUGUCAUGGAAAGAGCAGGUGUUUUUAAUGUUUUGUACACUCAGUGUAGGUGUUUUAGCCUUCCUUUGGCUUAUGUGACAGAAUUAACAUUUACAAAAAGGCUUAUUCUUAGGAGUACUGUUUCAUGCAGCUUACAAAAAAACAUGUAAAAAAACAUAGAUGAUGAAUGGUGAAGCAAGUCCUCUUUGCCCCGUGGAUUACAUGGUCAGCUCGGAUGUCUGUUGUGACAUAUACCGGACCAGAGUGAAGGGUCAGGUUGUAGUGUAGGUUGUUCACUGGUGACAGUGACAAUAACAACGUUCCUGGCUACAGGCAAGACAUUAUGGGGUGUAAUUAUGGUUUGGUUCGAUGUAAUCACACUCUGAAACUGUCACAUCAUACGGAUAGGGAAAAAGAGCAGGGAAAAAUAGGUCAGUGGAGAAUCUAAUUACAAUGAAAAGACUUUCAGGCACAGUGGAGCAGAGCAUUAGUUCUGGUCUGAUUACAGGAGCAGGACAAGCCACAGUGACCUGAGGUGGCUGGGCUUUUUAAGAUCUGGGUCACUGCUGGAAAGAAACUGAGUGAGAUGUUUUGAGGAUAACCGGCCUUAUGAAUAUUUGUGGGGAUCUAAUGGCAGACCAAAGAAUGGACAUUUCCUCCACGAUGAACGAGUUCAUGUCUCCCGGCUCCACUGAUCUAAUCAGCUCGAUCGGCACACCCGGCAUGGACUACACACGCAAGAGAAAAAGCAGCACCACAGACUACCAAAUUGAUGACUUUUCUUUUGAGGAUAGCAUGGACACAGACAAUGAUAGACUUGGUGAUCAUCAAGGCCGGAUUAAAAAUGCCAGGGAGGCCCACAGUCAGAUUGAGAAGAGACGCAGGGACAAGAUGAACAGCUUCAUAGACGAGCUGGCUGCACUAGUGCCUACAUGCAACGCUAUGUCCCGUAAACUGGACAAACUAACAGUCCUGCGCAUGGCUGUCCAGCACAUGAAGACCUUAAGAGGGGCUGCUAACCCCUACACUGAAGCUAUCUACAAACCAGCCUUCCUGUCAGACGACGAACUGAAGCACUUAAUACUGAGGGCAUCUGAUGGCUUUCUGUUUGUUGUUGGCUGCGAUCGAGGGAAGAUACUGUUUGUUUCGGAGACAGUCUACAAAAUCCUAAACUUCAGCCAAAAUGACCUGAUUGGCCAGAGCCUGUUUGAUUACCUGCAUCCUAAAGACAUUGCCAAAGUCAAGGAGCAGCUGUCCUCGUCAGACACGGCACCACGGGAGCGCCUCAUCGAUUCCAAAACUGGCCUUCCAGUAAAGACAGACAUCACCCCCGGCACAUCCAGACUUUGCUCUGGAGCCAGGCGAUCCUUCUUCUGCAGGAUGAAGUGCAAUCGGCCCCUCAUCAAAAUGGAGGACAAGGACUUUCCUUCCACCUGCUCCAAGAAGAAAGCUGACCGUAAGAGCUUCUGCACAAUACACAGUACUGGCUACCUGAAGAGCUGGCCGCCCACCAAGAUGGGUCUGGAUGACGACAAUGAACCAGACAACGAGGGCUGUAACCUCAGUUGUCUGGUGGCCAUUGGACGGCUGCAUCCCCACAUUGUCCCUCAGCCAAUGAACAAUGAGAUCCGUGUCAAGCCCACUGAGUAUGUCUCGCGCCAUGCCAUCGACGGGAAGUUUGUCUUUGUUGAUCAGAGGGCCACUGCUAUUUUGGCAUAUCUACCCCAAGAGUUGCUGGGUACAUCGUUUUAUGAAUACUUUCAUCAAGAUGACAUAGGGCACCUUGCGGAAUGUCAUAGACAAGUGCUCCAGAUGAGGGAGAAGAUCAAUACAAACUGCUACAAGUUCAAAAUAAAAGACGGCUCCUUUAUCACGCUGAGGAGUCGCUGGUUCAGUUUUAUGAACCCUUGGACCAAAGAGGUGGAGUACAUUGUCUCCACCAACACUGUCGUCUGCGGCAGCGUGCCUGAAGGAUCUGAUGGCAUCUAUCCUCAGCUCGCCGCCUCCCCCCAGAGCAUGGAUAGUGUACUCACAGACGGAACCGGGAAGCGGGCCCUUCAGACCGUACCUGGCAUCCCCGGUGGCACAAGGGCAGGGGCGGGCAAGAUCGGCCGGAUAAUCGCAGAGGAGGUGAUGGAGAUCCAGAGGAUAAGAGGCUCUUCGCCCUCCAGCUGUGGCUCCAGUCCUCACAACUUCACCAGCACUCCACCCCCAGACAUGUCGUCCCCAGGGGGAAAGAAGAUACAGAACAGUGGAACGCCAGAACAUCCCUCAGCAGGGCUGAUACCGGGACCAGACUCCGUAGGCUAUCCAUACUCCAACAACUCCAAUCUAAGUGAUAACUCUCACAUUGGCAUUGACAUCAUGGAUGAGCCAGGCUCCAGUAGCCUGAGUAAUGACGAGGCAGCCAUGGCUGUGAUCAUGAGCCUUCUGGAGGCAGAUGCAGGGCUGGGAGGCCCAGUGGACUUCAGUGACCUGCCCUGGCCACUGUGAGGACUAUCAGGCUUAGGCAAGGCCUCCUAAAUGAGCUGAACAUGGUGGAGUAAGGGCUGGGUGUUACAGUAUUCACAUUGUGUCAGUUUGUGACCAGUACCAGAGAGCCAUAUCAACAGGGCUAAUGUGACUGUAGCCUCACAGUAAGGCUGAAUGCAGGCGGGCCCUGAAAAGGAAGGAAUACUAGGCCUGGGAUCGGCCAUGAUGUACAGUCCGCCUCAGUGCGGUUUGGGAAAACUGAAACUGCCUCAUUACUCAUGUAGUAUUAUUGUACCAGUUAUCUGGGUUUUUCUAUGUCCAUUCAUCCUCACAGACAUUGAACCCAGCUCUUUUAUAAUGGCAUUUGUUUGUUUUUUGUGUGUUUUUACACUACAAAAAAACAUGUUAAUAUUUCUAAAGAAAAUUGUAUCAUACAUGUUUAUUCUAAUUUUCUCUAAAUAUAUAUGUAUGUAUGUAUAUGUAAAAGUGUAUUGUCAGCAGUGAAUUCUUUUUAAAAUAAAACUUCCUCUCUAUU